AAGAAAUGGAAGAACAACAAUGCUGAAACGACUGGAGAAUCGGGCAGACUUCACACUUCCUUUGUAUUGGGACAACAUGAGCACGGGGGAAAACCUGAAAGUGGUGCCAUUGCAGCCAAGUUCAUCAGAGUACCGCACUGUACUUGAUUCCUUCAAACGAACUGCCAACAACACUGUGAUAAAGAUUGAGCGCCUGCAGAACGUUCACCUGCGUCGCACCUAUCGAGUGCAAAAACAGUACGUUUCUGAAAAGAACAAAGGACAAGGGACCAUAGAGAGGAGGUUGUUCCACGGGACGAGUCCAGAAACCUGUGACUCCAUCAUGAAUCACGGUUUCAACAGGAGCUUCUCUGGAAUAAAUGGUACUUCCUACGGUCAGGGAACCUACUUCACUGCGAAUGCCACUUACUCAGUUUUCUAUGCAAGGCCAGGAGCUGAUGGCUCUCAGACCAUGUUUCUGGCCCGGGUGCUGACGGGUUGCUACACUCAGGGAAACGGCAGCAUGAGAUGCCCUCCGUCUCGAAGCAGCCGCGACCUUUACGACUCUGUUGUUGACAGAACAGACAACCCCAGCAUGUUUGUUGUAUUCAACGAUAACCAGGCCUAUCCCGACUAUCUCAUUACUUUUAGUACUUCCUCAUAA